AUGAAGGCCAGCACUCUUCUAUCCCUCGCACUCGUGGUUCUUUUGUCCGCCACCGCAGUCCAAGCACAGUUCAAUGACGUCAUCAGGCUCCUCGAGAAGGUCGGCGAGUGGGCCAAUCAAGAGUACGACAUGGACCUGGACGGUGAGCCUUGUCAAGCGCGGGUGCAAGUCCAGCUGCACGGCCUGAAGGUGGUCUGGAAGACCGUCAUCCGGCACCUUGAGACUGGCCUCGAGGGCGAAGGCAAGGGUGUGGGCCAGGCAGGGUCGCGUAAGCACGCCGAGGCCGACCUGCGCCAGAAGCUGGCCCAGCGCCGGCAGGUCCUCGGCCCAGGCCUGGCCCAUCCCAGCGCCGCAGCCGCCGCCGGUGUCGGGUCAGACCUGGACGGGGAGAUACUGGACAUGAUCGACGACUGCGCGGCGCAGGGAGGGAUCACGGAGGAGGACAACAUCGCGCUGCAGGCGGAGGUGUUCAACCGCGGCCAGCAGUACGCGGCGCUCAAGACUGCGUUCAAUCGCUACGUGGCCACGAGCGCCGACGUCAAGCGCUCGGUCACGUCGCUCAAGGCCAUCCUCCGCAACAUUCGUGAUCAACAGAAAGAGCUGUAA